AUGAAAAUAGCCAAAAUAACAAGUGAAAGUUUAAUUGAAUGGUCUGCUCCGAUCAAUGUGGCGGAACAUUAUCAAAAAUUUCUUAAUGAUGUAAAUGAAUUAUCAUCAUCACAAGUUUUCUAUAACUGUACUAAAGGAUGGUUUGGCCAUCGAUGCCAAUAUACAUUGUAUCAUAAUGAAUUGACUUUUAGUGAAUUGGUGAAAGCGAUUUUUCUUGAAAGGCGUGUUGAUACAAAAUGGGUUCAUUUCACGAAUGGUACGUGUUAUAUAUAUCUAUCAUGUGACCGUGGUCCAAAUCCUGCGUGUUUAGACUGGCGUGAAAUUUGUGAUGGAAAACGAGAUUGUAUUGAUGGAAUUGAUGAACCACAAGAAUGUUUUGAACGUGAAUCAAAUGAAUGUCCAGAAGGGUAUUAUCGAUGUCAUAAUGGCCAAUGUAUACCUGAUGAAUUUAAUAAUGAUGAAGAUUUAUUAAAUCCGGAUUGUAUGGAUUGGACAGAUGUGACGGAAGAUGGUUGGAGUAAAGACUGUGAUGGUGAUCCAGCAUUUCGUUGCGAAGAACAUAUCUGCAAGCAACAAAAUGAAUUUUCUUGUGGUGAUGGUCAAUGUAUAGUAAUUUUCCAGAUGCUUGGUGAUACUUGUAAACAUAAUCGUUUUCGAUACACAAUGAGACAUUUAAUUGAUUAUCAUUUCAAUUCUUAUUUAUCUGAGAAAUGCUUAUUUAUGAUGGCUUGUUUAACAAGAAUUUACCGUCGUCUGAUAUAUGAUGAUGAAAUAUGCGAAAAAAUUGUAUUACAAGCUGCUGAUUGUCCAUCCACUCCAUUUCUUUUUCCUUUAACUCCUGUAGCUUUUGGUCAUGUGCACUUCAUAUAUACAGUAAAUGGAAGUUCAUACUGGUAUCAAAAACGACUUUUGUCACCAUUUCUUAUUUGCUACGAUGAAGAAUUGUGUGGUUCAAUUCUCAAUACAACAGUUAUAUAUUACAAUGGUUAUACCUGUCAACAUUACUCGAAUAUAGUAGGUGGAAUGAAACAUUAUUCAUGGAUAGAUCUAAUGGAGAAUAUUUAUUCAUUUUUUCGACCAUGUGCUCCAAUGAUACCAUUUAACUGUACAAAUCUUUUUCGAUGUGAACAAUCAUCUAAAUGUAUAUCCAAACAUCGUUUAUUAGAUGGACGCUAUGAUUGUAUGGAUCAUAGUGAUGAACAAUUUAAUAAUACAUGUGCAUUAAAUGAUCCAUAUCGAUUUCAGUGUUCUUCUAAAAGAGAACUUUGUAUUUCACCGUUACUUCUACUCAACGAUCAAUCUGAUUGUCCAGAUGGUGAAGAUGAAAAACACCUUGCGCAAACUAUCGGCUAUGAAUUAUUUCCGCCAUUUCCAAUGUUCUGCGAUGGACGUACAGACAUGGAUCCUUUCAUUAUAGAUGAUCGGGAACAAACUGAUGAAACCGAUUGUGGAUCAUAUUUUCCAUGUGAUAAUCCACAUACACAUUGUGAUGGUUUUUGGCAUUGUAUCAAUGGUAUUGACGAAGCAAAUUGUUCAUCAUCAUUAUGUAAACCUUAUCAUCAUCCAUGCGUUUCACUCAUUAAUAUGUCAAUGGAAUGUUUACCCAUAGAAUUUGCUGGUGAUGGUACAAUACAUUGUCGUGGUGGAUCUGAUGAACGACAUUACUGUCGAAACAUGUUUCCUGAUGAAGUUGAGAGACGUUAUCGAUGUUUGCAUCAAUCAUUUAAAUGUAUCAAAACUACCUUAUUAUGCGAUCGCUAUAAUAUUGAUGAAUCAGAUGAUAGUGAUCUAUGUGACAACGAAGAAGUUAGUAUUUGCCCGGAUUAUUAUUAUAAUGAAAAAGAUUUUACUGGUAUAUGUUGGCCACAUUGGAAGUUAAACCGAACGGUAUCGGAGAAUAUACUCUGCAAUCUUGAUGAAACAAACUACGUAGUAGUUUAUAAUUUUUCCGACGCAAAACUCUAUUUAAGAUUAAUUCGCAUUGAUAAUUAUCCACCUGUAACACAAAAUAUUUCAUAUUCUAAUGAAAAUAGUUCAAAACAACAACAGAAAUAUAUAUCUUCACGUUUGUCAAAUACUUUGCUUUAUUAUACUCAUCGAGCAUGGUUUUGUAAUCGAGGAAUAGUCAUUUUUACCGGUACACUUGAUCAACGUCGAUGUUUAUGUCCACCUCCAUAUUAUGGUGACCAAUGUCAAUUUCAAAACCAACGUGUCAGUCUAACAUUGAAAUUUACUACGCAGGAUACACGAAAUUUUCGAACGGCAUUUUAUAUAAUCACUAUGUUAAUUGAUGAUGAAUAUGUUAUUCAAUCAUAUGAUUAUAAUAUCUAUAUUCCUAUACGAGAUUGUGAAUAUAAAUUCCAUUUAUAUUUAACAUAUGCAUCUCGACCAAAGAAUUCAAGUAAAAACUAUAGUAUUAUUGUUCGUGCAUUUAAUAAACAAACUUUAACAUAUUAUACAAGUUGGUAUUUAACAAUUCCAUUUCAAUUUUUACCAGUAAAUCAUUUGGUCGAACGCCUUAUAAUUCGAGAACAAAAUUUCCAAAGUCCUAAUGAUUGUCAAUUAAAAUGUCAUGAUCAUGGACAAUGUAUGAAAUAUGAGAAUACAGGAGAUGAAUUUUGUCAAUGUUUCGAAAAUUGGUGGGGAAAAUUCUGUGAAAAAAGUUAUCAUUGUGAUUGUUCGUCGGACUCGAAAUGUAUUGGCACAAUUAACAAUCAAUCUAUCUGUCUUUGCCCAUUGAAUAGAUAUGGUUCACAGUGUUAUCUGACAUAUUCUUCUUGUCAAGAUAAGACAUGUCAACAUGGUGGAACAUGUGUACCAUAUGAUGAUCGGAAAUCUAAAGAAAAUUUUACUUGUCUUUGCACAAAAGAAUAUACAGGUGAAAGAUGUGAAAUUUUUGGUACUAAAAUUAUUAUAUCAUUUGAUGAAACAAUAAUUCCUGAAACAUUUUUUGCUCAUUUUAUUACGACAAUUCAUGAUGAUGAUCAUAUUCGUACAACAAUUCUACAGAAACUUCCAUAUGCUGGAAAUGAAGUCACUUUAUAUCGCCCAACACCAUUUCAUAUUCUUUUCGUUGAAUUUUCUCAAAACUAUUAUCUUACUAUACUUCAAGAAAACUAUUUACCUUUAAGAUCAAUUUACACAAAAGUUCUUUCUUCGAAUCAUUGUCCAUCAAUUCAUAUGUUAUUCAAUCAAACAAUUCUAAAUUAUCAUCGACUUCAACGUAUUAAAUAUUAUCAUCUUCCAUGUCAAAUGAAUACAAGAUUAAAAUGUUUUUAUGACGAAGCAUAUAUGUGUUUAUGUAAUCUUGAUCACUAUGCUAUUUGUUUUGAUUUUAUUCAUAAUAUGACAUAUAAUUGUCAAGGUACAAAUUAUUGUAAAAAUAAUGGAAAAUGUUUUCAAGAUCAUCCAACUUGUCCAACAUCAUCUACAUGUAGCUGUGAUGAAUGUUUUUUUGGAAGUUACUGCCAAUUAAGUACGAAAGGAUUUGAUAUUUCUUUAGAUUCCAUACUUAGUUAUCAUAUUCAUUCACAUUUAACUAUUUUUCAUCAACCUUUUCCAUUGAAAGUUGCUUUUAUUGCUACAAUAAUUCUGUUUUUAUUAGGAAUUAUUAGUGCUUGUUUAUCUCUAAUUGUAUUUCGACCAAAGAAUUUUCAAAGUGGUUGUGCGAUUUAUCUUUUUGCUUCUUCAAUCAAUUCUCUUCUUACAAUGAUUGUAUUUCUAUUAAAAUUCAUCUUAUUACUAUUCGCACAAAUGGAUUUGAUUACUAAUCGUUCUAUUCUCUUGAUUAAUUGUAUAUCCAGUCAUUUUCUUAUUAAAUUUUUACCAAAUAUUAGUGAUUGGCUCAAUGCUUGCGUGGCCAUAGAAAGAAUAUUUAUAAUCUGGCAAGAAGUUAAAUUCAAUAAAAUCCAAAGUAUAUCGAUUGCUAAAAGAAUGAUAUUUUUUAUUUAUAUUAUUGUUAUUCCUACAGCUAUACAUGAUCCAAUUUAUCGUCAAUUAAUAGAAGAUGAAACAGAAGAACGUAUUUUAUGCAUUGUAGAAUAUUCAUCAAAUGUUAAAAUCUUUAAUUUAAUCAUAAAUAUUAUUCAUUUAUUUGUUCCAUUUAUUGCAAAUUUGGUCUCUGCUAUCUCGAUAGUUACUAUGAUAGCUCGGCGUCGAUCUAAUAUACGAACAAGUCAAACUUAUAGUCAAUCCUUAUGCCAAGAAGUCAAUGAACAUAAGCAUCUAAUUGUUAGUUCUUGUGUUUUGGUUAUUUGUGUAUUGCCUCGUAUUAUCAUGUCAUUAACAGUUAGAUGUAUGAAAUCUGCUCGUGAUCCAUGGUUAUAUUUGAUUGGUUAUUUUUUUCCAUUUAUUCCAUCGAUUUCAAUUUUUGUCGUGUUUGUAUUACCAUCAAAAACAUAUACUAAACUAUUCAAACAAUUCUUUCAUUGA